AUGGAAGACCGGAAAAGAUCCGUUCCCCAUGAACCAUCUGAUGAUGCUACCCCCCCUCUUAAACGUCAAGCACUUCAAUCUUCCUCCUCUUCAAACCAGCAAAACUCACACCAGCUUCCCCAAAGUCAGGAAGAUGUAGUCCAUUUUCAAAAAGAAGCAAUAUGGCGGCAGAUGAUGGAGUAUAAGAGAGAGAGGAAUAUGCUCGAAACUAGAGUAGAGGAGCUAGAAAAGAAGUCAACCUAUCACGAUGACCAUUUAAGGGUCAUAGAUGCUUGGUGGGAUCAGCUGCUCGACGAAGUCCGAUUACUUACCGAUCAACCUGAUCAUGCUGGUGGGGGUUAUACUAAUGGAGCCUCUUCAGAAUUCCCAUCUUCACUGCUUUUCGACGAUGUCGCAACGUUUUCUGGACAUUUGAAGGAAAAACAAGUUCAUAUUACUUCUUCGUUAAAUGCUCUCUUUAAAUCACUAAAGUCCACUUCGUCUGAUCAUGGAAAGAGUGACAAAGUUGACGCGCUGCAAGCACGGCUAAGCAGCCUCUUGGCUAGCGAAAAAGCGCACAAGGUUGAAAUCACUCGACUGAUGAAGGAGAAGGAAGAUGCGAACGCGCGGCUCACAGAGGCGACUAUAAAAUACAUGACCGCCGAGAAAAAGGUGGAUCGGCUAAAGAGUCAAACAUUGGCCAAGAUUGAGCGCCAGGCAAUGUUUCAUUCGAAUACCGGUCCAGAUUCUAAGAAAGAAGGAGGUACAAGUGAUGAGCAGUCGGCAAAAGAUCAUGAAAUCAAUGCCAAGGUUGCUGAGGGAAAUGUCGCGGAUGCUGAGCAGGCUCGGAAGGAGGCGCAAGCUAUUGCUUGUAAGCAGAAGGAGGAAUUGCAGCAAUUACAAACAGAUAACACGAGGUUAUCGGAGAAGGUUACGACAUUUACAAUCAAGUUCGGCCGUCUAUCCGAGGAAGAUAUUGCAUCGUGCGAUGCAUACAAAAAUCUGAAAGUUAAACUUGAGGACUUAGCAACUCGAUAUAACCAUAUUGAAGCUCUCAAUAAAGAGCUUAGUGAAAGGUCGGAAAAGCUAGAGGCCGAACGUACUGCCUAUAAAGAUACCAUUCUCGCGGAGCAGCAAGUGGUGAUCUCGGAUAUGCAGCUACAACUCACAAAAACUGAGCAGGAUUUGGCUCGUGUACGGGCGGGUAGAGACGAGCUGAUCCAGGACCAGACACAGCGCAAGUCCAGGGAAGAUCAGAAGCUAGUGGCGACAAAAGAGCUCAGCGAAUUGGCGGAAACUAGGGGUUCUAGGAUAGCUUCCUUGGAGAUGGAGGUUGAAAGAUUAAGACUGCAGUUGGAUAAGGAAACUCCCCCGUCAGAUCCCACAUUUGCCAAUAUGGGACUCGAGGAGCUUCGUCAGAAGCACGAGCAAUUGGACAAAGCCUAUAAAGUCCUAGCUCAAGAACUCCCGAGCUUGGAACAAGCAUUCAAGAAGGCCCUCGAACACAACACUAGGAAAGUGACAAGCAUUCAAGAAAAUGAGGACCGAAUGAAAAGGCUACAGGCAGAGAAGAACAAAGCGGACCAGAAGUACUUUUCAGCAAUGAAAGCUAAAGAGACUCUUUCAGCGGAGAACCGAGCCCUGAAAAACCAGAACUCAAAGAGUACAGAGAUAAUUACUCAGCUUAAGGAAGCAGAGAGGAAAGUUCGAGAUUUGAUGGGCAACCUAGAGAAACAGAUCGCCGAAAUGAGGACGACUCAGCAAACCCUUAUUACUAAAAAUCGCGAGUUUCAAUCUCGAGUCACGGAACAAAACAACACGAUUGAAUCGUUAAAGUCACAAGUCACGGAGCUCAGUACUUUUCUGAAAAAUCGUGACCUCGCCGUUUCGAAGGAGGCAUCGGCUAGGCGGGAUGCCGAAAUUGAGGUUGAAAAACUACACGUCAAGCUUGAAGAUGCACAUAGAGCGCUUGAAAGCAACAAACCGAAAGGCAGCGAGAACUCACAACUUGAGGCACUAAGACAAAUCGCUCUCUGCUCUGUAUGCAGAAAUCGCUUCAAGAAUACUGCGAUCAGAUCAUGCGGGCAUGUUUUCUGCAAGCAAUGUGCCGACGAAAGGAUCGCAUCGAGGUCAAGAAAAUGCCCCAAUUGUGGACGUGGAUUCGCGGCAACAGAUUUGAUAUCUGUUCACCUGUAA